AUGGCCAAAGACUUCAUUUCCCAGAGUUCCAGCUGUUUGUUCCCCAUGUUCUGGUUGGGCCCAGCCUUUGUCUGGUAUUUUCAGGCUGAAGCAAUUCAUCCGGACUGCGCCAUCAUCUCCCAGCACCUAAGGGCUCGGGAGGUUUGCAGCCAGACGAGGAGGAGCGAAGCGCAGAACCAGAGCAACCAGAGCGACCAAAGCGGAUGUAACACAGAGUGGGAUGAGAUCGGCUGCUGGCUGAGAGCUGAUGUCGGGCAGGUGGUCAACGUCUCGUGCUCUGAGGUCUUCCAGCAUUUCUCCAGCAGUCAAGGAUUUGUUUUCAGGAACUGUACGGAGGACGGCUGGUCAGAAAUGUAUCCUCCCUACAACGAUGCGUGUGCUUUCAGUGAUGACAGCGAGCCUGAAACUGAGACGACCUACCUCUCUGCGUUCAGACGGGUUUACACCGUGGGCUACGCCACCUCACUCAUCUCCCUCAUCACAGCCAUAGUGGUGUUCACAGCCUUCAGGAAGUUCCGCUGCACCAGGAACUACAUCCACGUCAACCUGUUCUCCUCCUUCGUUCUGAGAGCCAGCGCUGUUUUCAUCAAAGACACUGUGCUGUUUGCUGAUGAGACCCUGGACCACUGCUCUGUGUCCACGACAGCGUGCAAGUCAGCCGUGGCUUUCUUCCAGUUCAGCAUCCUCGCCAAUUACUUCUGGUUGUUGGUGGAGGGCAUGUAUCUUCAGACCCUGCUGGCGCUGACUUUCGUCUCUCAGAGGAAAUACUUCUGGUGGUACAUCCUGAUUGGAUGGGGGCUGCCAUCAACAAUUCUUAUACUCUGGGUGCUGACCAGAUUUUUCUAUGAUGACAGAGGGUGCUGGGACGACACAGACAAUGUUGGUAUUUGGUGGAUAAUUAAAGGACCAAUCACAGCCUCGCUGCUGAUCAAUAUAGUCAUCUUCAUCAACGUGAUCCGGAUCCUGGUCCAGAAGCUUAAAUCUUCAGCAAUGGUUGGAAACAAUGAAACCGGACACUUUAUGAGGCUGGCUAAAUCCACGCUGUUCCUCAUCCCUCUGUUUGGGAUGCACUACACAGUUUUCGCCUUCCUGCCUGAAAACACUGGAGUGGCCGCCAGACUUUACAUCGAGCUGGGUCUGGGGUCCUUUCAGGGUUUUGUGGUGGCACUGCUUUACUGUUUCAUGAAUGGAGAGGUCCAGACAGAGCUGCGGCGAUGGCUGAGAAAGUGUCACAAUCAAAAUCAUCUCACCCCAGCCAAGCGGAGUAUCACUCAGAUCUCAGUUCGAGCCCGCGGGGGGCUUGGGCGGCCUCCUUCCAGCGGGAACAUCUCUUCAGUAUGAUUUCUAAAAGACCAUCCAUCCAUGAGAGACUGGUUGUUGUGAUAAUGUCAAGAAAACUAUCAGAGGCAGUCCUUGCCCUGCUGAUGACAUUAAUUCAACAACACCCGUGACCCAUGUGAGAGGAGCGUAAUGAUCACUAAUGAGUGAUGGAGGAGAUGUUUGGUCGAGAUGCAUUACUUUGGUGUCACCAUGAAAGCACUUUUUGAGCUUAAUCACAGUGUAUUUGGGGGUUGCAACCAAUAAAAUAGUAAAGAGUAAAGAGACCCUGGAGCUUGAUUUGCAAGGAUGACACAGUGACAUGUGGAAAGACCAUAGAGACAGAGCUGGCCGGGGAACUUGUAGGAUGACUUCACAUGUUUGUGUUUACAGAUUGUAGUAGAGAAGGAGCAAAUGUUGAGGGAUUAUGUAGACAGCUGAGAAAACAAUGAAUAUUUGAAUGUGGCUUAAUAAUGUGAAAUGAGCUUGACUUCUCUAGCAGUUUUUAUGCUGCACUGUACAUGUUAUUUUAGUGCAGGCUGAAAGUAUGUGCAGUACUGAUACGGACCAAAUUGCGAAUUGAUUUUUUGUGCAGAAACUCGCCUGCUGCUAGUGAGAAAUAUUUCAAUCAUGAAAAUCCUGAGCACCUGUGAAAAUGUAUUUGAGGCUGUGUGUCUGCUUUUGUAUGCGUGUGUUUGGGGGGGUGGGUUUGUGUGUAAAACUGAAAGAUUGAGAAUGUCAUGUAUUUAAAGACUUCUUACUCGGAGGAGUUAUAUGCUUUGGUGAGCCAUCUUCGAAACACAGUAUUUGUCAAUACUUAUAAGCUUUUCUUCGUUUGUCAUUUUUAUUGCUGUUGCUAGAUGUGGUCAUCUUAAUUUUUCGUCACAUUUGUUACACUACAGGAAAUACCAAAAUAUUGCCAUGGUAAAGUAGCAUCAUAAUGGUACUACUAGAAAAAGUAUUUCUAUUGACACAGUAAAAGUAAACUGUACAGAAAUGUAUGUUCAGAUAAUCUGUGUUGGGUAUUUUAUUCAAUAUUGGUGGAGCAAAAGUCAGAUUCUUAUAAUUUUCAAUAUAUGGUUUAAUAAUUAUAUAAUUAAAUCACUGUACUUUUCUCUCAAGCACCCUGACGGUCAUUGUCAGUACACAAUAUAUUAACAUUUUGCACUUAUUUUAUAUUAAAUACAUUGUGUUUCCAUUGUUGGUCUUGUGGGUUUAGUAAGGGUCAGCCUGUGUAGGGAAAAGCUCAGAAAUUAAUUAAACGUGUGGUUUGAGAA